GGCAUAUCAAAACCCUAGAUUUCAAAUUUGUCUUUGGAUUAACAAAAUCAGAAAGAUAAAAUACCAGCACAAAAGUUUUGAUUGGGAAAUGAGAGCAGAAAUUUGAAACCACACAAGCGCUACGGAUUUAUCGUUCUCGACGAAUUUUGAUCAUCGAGUUCGGCAUCUUCGCCCAAUCAGAGUUGCAGCCCCUCUUCUCCUCCUCCCUCCUCCGUCAGCUCGCCAAUUUUUUACCUGCUAUUAAAUUUUUGUUAAUAUUUUUCUGUAACCCUACUUGUCCAUGCGCAUACAUCAUGUAUAUGAUUAAAAAUUCCGAGGAACAAAAACAAUGUACUAACAAUAAGUAGUUGAAAAUCGCCGAAGCAAUUUCGUUUUCUUCUGGUUUGUUUUUGUUUUACGAUCUAGGGUUUCUGGGUGUUUUUGAGAACCCAGGUUUCGGAGAAAUUUCGAGGGAGGUAGAAGUAUUUAGAGAUCAAUGGCUCAAAAUGGUCAGGGAAUAGACCCUGCCGUACUCGAUGAUAUAAUCAAUCGGCUAUUGGAGUUCCGGCUAGCGAGAACCGUCCGGCAGGUUCAGCUUUCGGAAGCGGAGAUCCGUCAACUAUGUGCCGCUGCUCGAGAAAUCUUUCUUCAACAGCCUAAUCUUCUAGAGCUCGAAGCUCCCAUUAAGAUCUGCGGUGACAUUCAUGGACAAUACGGUGAUCUGUUAAGGCUGUUUGAAUAUGGAGGGUUUCCUCCAGAUGCAAAUUACUUGUUUCUAGGGGACUAUGUGGAUCGUGGGAAGCAGAGUCUUGAAACCAUAUGCCUUUUACUCGCCUACAAAAUCAAAUUCCCUGAAAACUUCUUCCUUUUAAGAGGAAACCAUGAAUGUGCUUCCAUCAACAGGAUCUAUGGCUUCUAUGACGAAUGUAAACGCCGAUUCAAUGUUAGACUUUGGAAAACUUUUACUGAUUGUUUCAAUUGUCUUCCUGUUGCUGCUCUUAUAGAUGACAAAAUACUAUGCAUGCAUGGUGGUCUUUCUCCUGAUCUUACAAACUUAGAUCAAAUAAGAAACUUACCUCGCCCCACUGAUGUUCCAGACACCGGUUUGCUUUGUGAUUUACUCUGGUCAGAUCCUAAUCGUGACAUUAAAGGUUGGGGAAUGAAUGAUAGGGGAGUUUCUUAUACUUUUGGUCCUGAUAAAGUUGCAGAGUUCUUAAUGCAGCAUGAUAUGGACCUUGUUUGUCGUGCUCAUCAGGUUGUAGAAGAUGGGUAUGAAUUCUUUGCUGAUAGACAGCUUGUUACUAUAUUCUCUGCUCCAAAUUAUUGUGGUGAAUUUGAUAAUGCUGGUGCUAUGAUGAGUGUUGAUGAGAGCUUAAUGUGUUCUUUCCAAAUCUUGAAGCCAGCUGAUAGAAAACCUAGAUUUUUAUAAUUCGGUGACUUGAAUCCUGCUGUAUUGGUGACCUGAAUUGAAGAUGGAUGACAGCAGGAGUGGUGUGUUGUGGUUUUCUGUGAAGAACAUGUUGGAAAGACCUUUUGUUGAAGUUUUUUCUGCUUUUAAGGUAAGGGGUAGUUCCAGGAUGACCACAAAAUGCUGCUACUUUUUUUUUUUUUUUUUUUUUAUAAUAUUUUUUUUCUUCCUAUUUAAAACACUAUUAAUGGAGUCUGUGGUUUUAAACUUUUGACAUAGCAAUUUAUAAUGAGACUGCGACUACAUUUGGGUUUGUAAAUUGCAAUGAUUGACACUGUAUUACUACUACUAUUACUACUACUGAUUGCUGUUAGACACCAAAGAA